AUGUUAUUCGAACAUUCAUUUUCUGAGAUACAACAAAUUCUGCAGCGAGAUUGUAUGUCUCCAGAUAUCGAAUCAAAAACUCUAAAGGUCCAAAAAACUAAUUCUACACUAAUUCCAUGGUAUUCAGUAGAGAGUUUCUCCAUCCAAAUCAACAUGUAUUACACCGUUGCGCUGUCUUAUGCUAUUAAUCCCGUAAGAGACAAACCAUUCAAAGUUGAUAAAUUAUUCGUAUUGGGCGAACUAUUCGUUCUGGGACAACGUGUAAA